UAUCCCAUACCUAUUACAUUUUUUAAGAGUAGUUUAGUUUAGGUUUUACAUUUCAAACAACAAAAAUAUGAAAGAACGAGAUCUGAAGCGUGCCUACAAUAAUGUCAUGGCCCAGGCCAUCUCGUCGUCCAAUCAAUACCUGUUUGCCGGGAAUCUCUUUGGCGAUGUUUUUGUUUUGCGCCUGAAGGAACUGGACCCGAGUUCCGAGGAUCCACCCGGCAAACUGAUGGUGUUUUCACAAGGCAGCCAUGUGGAAAUUAACUGCCUGGCCUUCCAUGGCGAUUUUCUCAUCAUUGGUGCCGUGGGCCUCAUCUACGGACUUCAGUGGAUCGAGGAGGAGGAGAUUCUGAAGCCGAAACGCAGCUGGGAAGUUAAGAUUCCCAUGCAGGUGGAUGCCGUAGAGGUUCCCGAUGUUAACUCCAUGUGGCUGAACCACGACACGCACACUCUGUUCGCUGGCUGUGGCGAUGGGGUCAUCUACGAGAUCUCCCUGGAGGAUGGACGCAUAAAGCGAGAAUAUCGUGGCCACACGGAUUAUGUGCACAGUGUGGUAGGCAACGACGCGGGACAGAUCUUCUCUGGCGCCGAGGAUGGUACUGUGCGCAUUUGGAGUACAACACAACCGGAGGCUACGGGGCUCCUGGAACCGCACAAAAACCCAAACUUGCUGCGACCAGAUUGGGGAAAGUGGAUUGGUGCCGUGGCCGUCAACGAUGAUUGGCUACUGUGCGGCGGCGGACCGAAGGCCUCCAUAUAUCAUCUACGCUCCAUGGAGUGCUCUCGGGUGUUUGACUUCCCCGGCCGUGUGCAUGUCUGUGAUUUUGUGGAAGACUGCGUCUUUAUUGGAGGCGAGCACAACCAUGUCCAAUCCUACACCCUGAACGGAGCCCUGCAGGCCAACAUCCCGGUGGAGCACACCGCAUGCUACUCCACUGUUUGGCAACCGGCGCCUAUAAAGUUAAUGUCCAUUGCCGGCUUUAGCAACAAGUUGCACAUCCUAAAAGACUUUCGCUUUCUGGAUAGCAAGAUCGAGUUGUAUGGAAAUAUUUUGGGAGAAGAGGAUAAAGAAAAUGCUGAGGACGAUGAACUAAAUGAGGAGCACCUUAUUAGCCAAGCAGCAUAAUUAAUAAAAUCUAUCUUUUGUAUUAUUAAGAA